GUGAAACUGAUUCUCCACUGAAAGAAUGCCAUGCUGUGUGCAGAAGUUUAUAGUGAAAAAGAUGGCUCGUCACCACCUAUGGAUCUUGCUCUUUUGCCUACAAACCUGUCUGGAAGCCUCUGGAAGCGACACAGACAUCAUAGUGAAUGGGAUUCUGGGGGAGUCAGCUACUUUUCCCUUAAAUAUCCAACCAUCACAGAAAGUUGCCAGCAUUUCUUGGCAUUCCAAAACAUCUGUUGCUUUCGUAAUACCAGGAAACUUCGGAGCAGAACCCACAGUUACCAUAACCCACCAAAAUUACCGUGAACGAAUAAGUGUCUUGGGUCAGAACUAUAACCUGGAGCUCAGAAAUCUGAGGAUUGAAGACUCAGGGAUCUACAAAGCUGACAUAAAUGUAGAGACCUCUAAAACGACCACCACCAGGUCCUACAACCUUCAAGUCUAUCGUCGUCUUGGGAAGCCAAAAAUUACUCAGAGUUUCAUGACAUCUGUGAACAGCACCUGUAACGUCACACUGAAGUGCUCUGUGGAUAAAGAAGAAAAGAAUGUGACAUACAGUUGGAGUCCACGAGGGGAAGAGGGCAAUGUCCUUCAAAUCUUCUGGACCCCUGACAACCAAGAGGAGACUUACACGUGUACGGCAUGGAACCCCGUCAGCAACAAUUCUGACUCCAUCUCUGCCCAGCAGCUCUGUGCAGACAUCACAAUGAGCCCCCAUACUCGCCGCACUGGAUUGAUGAGUGGGCUGGCUGUGCUUUCUCUGCUUAUAAUCAUUCUGCCCCCAGUGGUUUUGUUCCUUUUGUACAAGAGAAGAGAAGGUAGGAUUUUCUCACAAGGUUCCUUCUUGAAGAAAUUCAGUAAGAACCCUGAUGCUUCCUCAAAGAAAACAAUAUACACAUACAUCACAGUUUCAAGAAACACCCAGCCAGCAGAGUCCAGGAUCUAUGAUGAGAUCCCCCCACGCAAGGUGCUCCCCUCCAAGGAGGAGCCAGUGAACACAAUUUACUCCCUAAUGCAAUACUCUGAUAAGAUGGAGAAAACCAGCACUAAGGACAGCAAACCUCUUGGGACUUCAAGCUAUGAAAUUGUGAUCUAGGCUCCCAGAAGGAAUUCUCCCCAUGGAAACUGAGCUGCAACCACACAUACUGGCAGAUGAUCCAGACCUAGACUUGCUCUGCCCAGAUCUUACCCAGAGAUUACAGAUCACCAGAUUCCAACAUCUAAGCAAAGAAGGAGACACUCUGUUGCUGGGCAUAACUUGUACUGAAAUAGACAAACGGAUCAUGCCCUUUCUAAGAUGGCUCACUUCCUAACAAAUAACAAGGCAGAUCCCUUGGAACAGUGCUUCACAUCCUUCUUCACACUGUAGCACAUGGAGAAAAUAAUUUUUAUGAUACAAUGGAAUAAGCAAUCAAGAUUGCUCAUGGCUGGAGGCUGUAUAUGACUGGAGGGGAUGACUCUUCCCAGCAACCCCAUAUGGGGAGGAUCAAUAUUUACACACCUGUAACCUGCCAUGACACAGCACUUAAGAGCCUCUGUUCACACUCAAUGUAUGGGAGAAGCCCUGGUGCAUGGCCUCACCCAGUCCCCCUGCACCUUGGGCAGGUAAGCCUCUCACUCAAGUGCAUGGCUUGAUGUAUAGAGUGUGGACUGCAUUUCAGGCUAUCUGUCCCUUUGCCCGGGAACAUUUGUCCAGGGUGUACCUGGCUGGACCAGCCCAACCCUAUAUCACUCUGUGGCAUGGAAAGAUGUCAGAGAUGUUGGUCUCAGCUGUGCAGACACACUCUUCCAAUGGAGUGUUGGAACACGUUCUUUCUGUAGGGACUAGACUUCUGGGGCAUUUUUCUUCUGACUCCACUUCAGAAACCUCAUAAUAUUUUUUUCUGUCUAAGUUUUUCUUCUGUAUCCCUGUGUAAUGGUUCAUUUUGUGUGUCAACUUGAUUAAACAUUAUUCAGGGUGUGAGUGUGAAGGAUCAGAUAGGCAUUUGAACUGAUAGACCUUGUAAAGCAGAUUAAUCCUCCCCUCCAUGUGGGUGGGCAUCACCAAAUCAAUUGAAAAUCUGAAUAGAAAAAAAGGCAGAGUAAGAGAGAAUCUAUUCUCUCUCACUGCCUGACUGUCUUUGAGUUGAGACAUUAGUCUUCUGCCUUGAAUUUGGACUGGAACUUCCACCAUCAGCUUUCCUGGUUCUCAGGCCUUUCAACUCAGACCUCUUCAGCUUGCUUACAGAUCUCAGAAUUUCUCAAUCGCUGUAAUCACAUGAGUCAAUUCCUUUAUAGCUAUUUCCUAUAGUUCUGUUUCUCUACAAAACCAACCACCAUACACUCCAAACUGCCUCAUCAUGAAAAAGAAGGCAUCUCCAAUAAAACCAUUCUCCAAAAGGAACUCAGUUCAGUUCAGUCACUCAGUCAUGUCUGACUCUUCACGACCCCAUGGGCCACAGCAUGCCAGGCCUCCCUGUCCAUCACCAACUUCCAGAGUUUACUCAAACUCAUCUCCACUGAGUUGGUGAUGUCAUCCAACUAUCUCAUCUUCUGUCAUCCCCUUCUCCUCUUGCCUUCAAUCUUUCCCAGCAUCAGGGUCUUUUCAAAUGAGUCAGCUCUUCACAUCAGGUGGCCAAAGUAUUGGAGUUUCAGCUUCAAUAUCAGUCCUUCCAAUGAACACUCAGGACUGAUCUUUAGGAUGGACUGGUUGGAUCUCCUUGCAGUCCAAGGGACUCUCAAGAGUCUUCUCCAACACCACAGUUCAAAAGCAUCAAUUCUUCAGCGCUCAGCUUUCUUUAUAGUCCAAUUCUCACAUCCAUACAUGACUACUGGAAAAACCAUAGCCUUGACUAGAUGGACCUUUGUUGGCAAAGUAAUAUCUCUGCUUUUUAAUAUGCUGUCUAUGUUGGUCAUAACUUUCCUUCCAAGGAGUAAGUGUCUUUUAAUUUCAUGGCUGCAAUCACCAUCUGCAGUGAUUUUGGAGCCCAAAAAAAUAAAGUCAGCCACUGUUUCCCCAUCUAUUUGCCAUGAAGUAAUGGGACCAGAUGCCAUGAUCUUAGUUUUCUGAAUGUUGAGCUUUAAGCCAACUUUUUCACUCUCCUCUUUCACUUUCAUCAAGAGGCUCUUUAGUUCUUCUUCUAACUACUCAGCUGUAUUUCUGGCAUUUCAGGGAAACCCAAACAUCAAAACAAAACACAUUGAAGGAAGCAGUCAUUCUCCAGAGGGAACUUGGGAGAUGGUGAUAUACAUCAUGAAACUGUGUCCACCCAAGUUACUAAGGUUUAGCCCAGAGAGUGGUGGAGUUCAAGCUAUGGUUAGUGACCCUCCCUCUUCCCCUAAGUGGAACUUUCAGGUAAGCAUUUGAAAAAUUGUUUCCCUCAUGUAUUAACAAGCAUAACCAGCUAAAUCCUAAACCACCAAGAACAAUCCCAGUCUCAAUAGCAGAAAUGAACUGCUUUUAGGCAGAAUGAGGGUGUUAGUCCCCAUUAAUGGGUCCAUAGACUUAUCUAGCCCUGACUAUCAUUAUCACUGUGUUGGGAGCUUCAAGAUCUCCAGUGUAUAAGAUGAACAAGAUGUCUGACUUGGUCUAACUACAGCACAAACACUACAGUUAAAUCUUGAACUACAUGCUACAGGGAGUGGCAUGACCUAACACAUCAGAAGAGACCUCACAGAGGAAGUGAAGCUGAGGUUGGACCUCAAGGUGUGGAUGGGAUUUGGCAGAGAAUGAAGAAGACAGAAGGCAUCCAAGUGAGGAAGGCGUAGAGAAAGAAAACAAUAAGAUCUGUGUCAUGUGUUUUGGGUACCUCCCCAGAUACACCAUGCAUGAUCACAGUCCCUUGCCUCUGUGUGGCAUAGUGCUCAGCUGGAAUGUAUGGCCCCAUCCCUUGUUCAUUUAUACAUCCUUCAAUACCCAGCUCAAAUAUCACCUUAUCUAUGAUGCUUUCCCUGGUCAAAUUAACUAUGGUUCUUUUUGCACUCCUUUCCCCACCCCUAUGGUCUUUCUGUCACUAAAACUCAUUUCAUUCUACCCUACAGUAUAGAUAAUUGUUUGUUUCCUUAUGUAUUGUUCAUUACUUAAAGGCAACCCAUGACUUUAUGAUCAUGAAGAGGUGAUCACAAGACGUAUUAGCUUCAUUCAUCUCUGCAUCUACCAUCAGCCAACAUGGUGCCUUGUACCUUGCUUUUUGAGCUAUAAAUUCUGUUGAAUAGAAUUGAAAGUGAUCAGCUAGCUUGAAAAAAGGGUAUAUAUUGGAAGUACUGAUGGAUAGAAGCCAAUAAGCAUAGUGGAAUCAAAUUACAGCAAGCACUAAAUAUCAGCAUGGAAAUAUCAGAGGCUAUUCCCAGUACAGGGGCAUUUGGAGGGAAAAGAUUUUCAGAGGUAGACAGAUCUUCUAAGACAUCAAGUAAAGCAAUGAACCAGGUGUAAGGCAGUCACCCUAGGGAAGGGUAUAGAAGAAGAAAUAAGAGACGUAGUCCUAAAGGAUGGAGACGUUCCAAAGUCAUACUGAAUAAGAUGUUUUUCCUAAAACUUAUGUACUUCUUUAUGUGAGUUGAGAGAUCACUCAUGGACAUAUUCAUUCUGUAGCUGCUGCCCCUGCCUCUCCCUGGCGUGCUUACUCAGUCAUGUUCUUAGUAUUCUAGUGCCCCAGCAGAAAGUAGGGGUUGGGGGAGAAAGGAAAGAAGGAAAGGGAAAGAAAGGAAGAAAGAAAGAUGAAGGGAGGAAGGAAGAAAGGAAAGAACUAGAAGUAAGAGUUCCUUAGGACUUCCCAGGAGAACAAACCUGGGGUGCAGCCAGUGCACAGAAAUUCUUCACGUGACUUUUGGGACUCAGGAACACCGUGUUUGAUUCUUUCCUAUGAAUCUUCUGAUUUAUGAAGGCAUAAGCUAUUCACCCCAUUCCCAAUCAGUUCUCAGAUUAUCCUUCUGAAAUAUGAAUGUGAUCUUAUUUUCCCCUUCACAUCUUUCCACAUAAGCUAUAUUGUGACCAACAGGUCUAUAAAAUCAAAGUAUUCUUUCAGUGGAACAGAAUCUUUACUUUUUAAUUGAUAGGCAAUUGCUUUACAAUGUUGUUUAGGUUUCUGCCAUGCAGCAACACGAAUCAGUCAUAAUUAUAUAUAUCCCUUCCCUUUUAAGCCUCCCUCCCCUCUACCCAUCCCACUCCUCCAGGUCAUCAUAGAGCUCCAGCCGGGAUCCCUGUGUUAUAGGGCUGCUGCUGCUGAGUCGCUCAGUCAUGUCCGACUCUGUGCGACCCCAUAGACGGCAGCCCACCGGGCUCCCCCGUCCCUGGGAUUCUCCAGGCAACAACACUGGAGUGGGUUGCCAUUUCCUUCUCCAAUGCAUGAAAGUGAAAAGUGAAAGUGAAGUCGCUCAGUCGUGUCCGACUCUUCGCGACCCCAUGGUCUGCAGCCUACCAGGCUCCUCCGUCCAUGGGAUUUUCCAGGCAAGAGUACUGGAGUGGGGUGCCAUUGCCGUCUCCUGUUAUACGGCUACUUCUCACUAAUUAUCUCUUUUACGUACGAUAGUGUAUAUAUGUCAAUGCUACUUUCUCAAUCCGUCCCACCCUCACCUUCCCUCACUAUGCCCAGAAGUCCAUUCUCUGCUGGGUUCAUCAGCACCCCUUUUCUAGAUUCCGUAUAUACGUGUUAAUAUAAGGUAUUUGUAUCAGGUACUUGUAUCAGACCAAGAUGUGCCCGCUUUUUUAGCGUGCUCUGAAAUGGAAAUCUCAGGGGCAGAGGCCUCUAGUGGAAAGCAGUGGUAAGACAAGACAUUCCCUCUCAAGUCACCAUGGGCUUUUUACCCGGGAGAGAAAGGGAAAAAUGCUGCAGAUUUUUCUGCAUGCCUCUCAGAAAAAGAGAGCGAAGCUGAUUUUAAGUGAGUUUUUUUUUAAAAGCUAUAGAAUAUUACUAACUGCACAGCCCACAGGAGAAGAGUUUUACUGGGCCACUUCUGGAAAGUGGGCAUAGGAAAGAGCCUGGCUGGUCCAGGCUAUGUCAACAGAGACCACUUCUCUUGUUCCUCCUGGAAAACAGAAAUGACUGGACUAUAUUUUCUUCAAGAUUACAUUUCUUUCCUUCUAUUUGGCUUUUCCCUGAUUUGUAAAAAUUUUCUCUCAUGUAACUUCUGACUGUAAAAUGAAGCUUAAGGACAUAAUAGGAAGAAGUAUAAUGAGUGGUCACAAAUGUUGGCUCUGAUGCUAGAGUACCUGGGUUUGAAUUCUGGUUUCUUAUUUUAACCUCUCUGUGCCUCAGUUUGCCCGUCUAUAAAACUGGGAUAAUACUGGCUCUUACCGUGUAGGAUUGAUGUGAGGAUUAAAUGAAGUAUUCCAUGCCCACACACAGUAAAGCCCUGGAUCAUUAUAUUAUCUGUUAUUAUAGGCCUGAAACCAUUAUAAGAUGCUAAAACCAAAGUUAUAAAAAUAAAGAUCCAUGCAAUGGAAAUGUAUCUGAUAUUGUGCUAAAUCAACUUUGUAUAUCAAACUUUUAAUUCUUAAUCCUCCUAGAUCAAGAUCUGCUCCUAUUAUUUCAUUUACCACACUACAUCCUAAUUACCUGAUAGUAUACCUGUCUCCUCAACUAGUGAGAGAACAGGGGCUAUGUCUGAAUAAUAGUGAGGGAAAUAAAGGGCUACUUGAGGGCAGGGAGCCUAUAAUAUCUAAUUGACAGCUUACUUUGUAUAGCAGCUGCUACACUAGAUGCUGUAAAGUGGAAAUUAAUUCUUCUAGUUUACAUGAAAGCUAAGGGAAUAAAAAUCUUAGCAAGGAUUGGAACUUAGGACUUCUUGUCACCAAGAGCCCUGCUGAAAGCUACCAUGAGAGUGAGCAGAGUCCAUACUUGGCCUCUACCAUGCUGCCUGCUCUGGAUUGCCAACGCCUGACAGUUUGCCUCAGGUGUAGCCCACACCUGGCACAUAAUAGGUGACCCACAAAUAUUUGUUGAAUGAAUAUGUACAUAUAAUGAUAUUUUAGAGAUACUAAAACUGCAGCUCCAAGUAGAUGUGUUCACAUAUUAAUUCUGUUGUUCUCUGGAUAACCACUCAAUUUCAUUUGGGAAACACCCACUAAAGAAACUUGGAUAAAAACUCUGCCUGCAGUUUGGGCAGAUCUGGUUUCCUAGAAAACAAGGAAUUCAGGUGUUAAGCAUUUCUGAUGAGUUGUUGCAAAAUGAGAGAGAUACAGUGUACGUUUGCACUAUUUAUGCCACAAGAAAAACAGAAACAAAAGAGGUCAGAAUUAGGGAGUUGUGCUACACUAUUUCAAUAUUACACUAUUUCUCAAGCUACACACCUUGAGACUUUAAUGAUCUGCAGUCCAAGUGUGGGGAGCCCUCGAUGGUUGCUCAAAUCAGGUUAAAGUGUAAAUACAUUUUGACAAAGACCGUUAGUAAAAGUCUUGAAGUUCUGAUUUGCGGAAGCAGAGUAAUGACUAGUACACUCUCUAGAGACUUGUAGACUUUGAGAAAUUUAUUAAGAACAAUGCAUAAACAGAACCACUCUCUCUUUGAAUGAUAAUUACUAUCACCACUCUUGCUGGCUGCUUGUCCAGUCAGUUUUGAAUAGCCUUGCACAAGGUUCUGGGUUUGGAUGAAUCAACUCUGGGAACUGAAAAUGGUCAUAUCUUUGAAACUGAGAAAUUUUUAUUAUGAGAUCUUAUUGUAGACAAAUAAUUGCAUAAAUUAUCUGUCAAGGAAUUUUUUCAAAUACACAUAAUCACAAUGAUUAAUUUAUAACCUAUAUUUCCAACUAUUUAUGUAUCAUUUCUGCAUGGAUGUCAGAAAUCAUCUUAAAUUCAGUGUGCCCCAAAUUGAACUCACAGAUCUUUCCUCAGCCUCCCCAAUUUGCUUUCAGUCUGUUUUCCCUGUGUUAGUUAAUGACCUGCCAAAAUCAUAAUAGCUGACAAUUAUUGAGUGCUUACUAUGUGCUAUUCCCACCCUGAUGUUUUAUAUAUAUUCACUCAUUUAAAGCCCAUAAGAAAUAUUAAAACAUAUCUACCCCAAAGAAAAUGCAGUCAUCCUCCAUUUUGCAAAUUAAGAAACUGAGUCACAGAAAGGCUAAGUAAUUCAGACAAGCAAAUAUUAAAACUUAGGGAUCAAUUCCUAGCCUUCCAACUCCAAGGGCUGUGUCCUGAAUUGCUGUUCUUCACUGCUCCACCCAUCAGCAGCUGCCAAAAGCAGAGAACUUUUUUAUGCUUGUCUUCUUUCUUUCCUCUUGUCACCUCGACUUCCCUGCUAUAUCUAAUCAGCUGUUAGGUUCUGUCAGUUCCAGCUCCUUUCUACGGCUCCUCUCAACCAUGUCCCCUCAAUAUGUCUAAUUCUCAAACACACUCUGUCUCUCCAUCCCGGGCUCUCAGCUCAUUCCUUUAACAGUCAUUACCUGGGCUGCUAUCACAUAAAGAGCAAUCUUUCUAUUGUAAAACAUGGAACUUAUCACUUCAUUUUCCUGUGGGACCGCACUCCUUAGCAAUCUGACCCAUCAAGAGUUUCCAGGCCCCUCCCCUGCCUCUUCUCUAGCUCCAGCCACACAGAAAUAUCAUGGAUCCAUGAACAUAUCAAAUCCUUUCCCACCCCCAUGCCUUUGCCCAUGCUGUGUCCUCCACUUGAAAUGCCUUUCUUCUCCCUUCCAUCUCUGGCUCUUUCAUAUUUCAAGGAUCAGACCAAGUAUCCUCUCUUUGUGUAGCCUUCUAAAACCUCCCAUGCAUGCAUGCUAAGUCACUUCAGUCAUGUGCAACUCUUCGCAACCCCAUGGACUGUAGCCUGCCAGGCUUCUCUGUCCAUGGGAUUUUCCAGGCAAGAAUAUAGGAGUGUUGCCAUUUCCUUCUCCACUAAAACCUCCCACCCAAAGCUAAAUAUAUAGCUUCCUGUUUACACUCCUAUAACAUUUAGUACAUAAGUGCAUAAAGGUAACAUUUAUCAUAUUCUGUGAUAAUUAUACAGCUGUGGCACUUUCUCAACUAUGUCCCCUGCUGGCCAAGAAGUUGUUUUGGCUCAGAAGACUUUCUUCUCUUCCUUGUGUCUGCAGUACCUAAUUAACCUUGGAUCCUUAAAAAAAAAAUUAGAUAAGUUAACUAAUUAAUACAAACAUGAAGAUUAUGCUCACUAGUGCUGUCCUCAUUAGUAUAGUGGUGAGUAUCCCCACUUGUCAUACGGGAGACCAGCAUUCAAUUCCCCGGUGGGGGGGCAACACACUCUUUGGGGCUUCCCUGGUGGCUCAGACGGUAAAGAAUCCACCUUCAAUAAGGGAGACCUGGGUUCGAUCCCUGGGUUGGGAAGAUCCCCUGGAGGAGGGCAUGGCAACCCACCCCAGUAUUCUUGUCCAUGGGGUCGCAGAGUCAGACACGACUGAGUGACUAAGCGCAGCACACGUGCUCACUAGCAGUAAAUGCUACCUAAACCUAUUUCAGAAGCUAGACGCCCUGAUUGUAACCGGGUAUCUUAUCUUUUCUCCAUGUCAUCUUUUAUUACUUGCAUUUGUAAAUUUCUAUUAAUAAAAUUAUUUACACAUUGUAAGUGCCUAAGAAAUGAGACCACAGGCUUCAUUUCAACAAGUAAACAGAAAAAGUAUGUGAUGAUGCUUCUAUUCUUUCAUUAUCUUUGUUUUUCACAAGAAAAGAAGGAUAAGGUAAGUAGCUAAAGCAGCAAAUGCUCUAUUAACAAUAUGACAAAGGCUCUGUGCAGCUGAGACCUCAGACCCUGAGUAGACAUAAAGGCACCUUAGGCUCAGGUGAAUUCAGAAAGAGAAUGGCAAGAAUGAAGUCUGAUGUAAGAGACAUGACCAGGAUCCUGAGACAGGAUGCAAAAUCUAGAGACAGGGUACCAGAAACAAGAAACUGGAGUGCAGCAGAGCCACAUGGUUAGAGAUAGAACAGGGAGUUCUGCCUUGAUCAUCCUAGAAACGGAGAAAUUGGGCACUUAGUCAUAUGUUUUGGGCCCAUCACCCUCCAGGACGAGAGUACGUCUUAUUCAUCUUUCCACUAACAGCACUCAUCACAGAAGCCAUUGCCCAGGACAGCUUAAUAAAUAUGUGUUGAACUGAACUCAGAUUGGGACCCAUAUAUCAAGAGUAGAAAAGAAGUCCUGGAAACCACUUUCAGAGUCUGUUUCUAGGGAACUGGAGAGUAGGAUUGUCUGGAUCACCCACAGUGCCACCUUUUUCAAUGAGGUCACUAGGUGUGGCUCCCUCAGAACUAUGGGUGAAGGGCCUCAGGAUGUUUUGCAAAAUUUUGAGGGAGAAGUGACUUGUUAAAAAGUGAUACGUGAAAUAGCAAAUGGAAGCUUCUAGAUAUGAAACCACAUCCUUUAGUAUAACUUAUCAAAGAAGCUUCACAUCCUCUGCUCUGAGCAACUCUUUGCAAAUAUACUUAGGCUCCCACAGAUAAAUCUCUUUAUCCUUUUCUUGUUGGACUGAAAUUGAACCACUACCCGAAGAAUUUCAGAAUCCCUGUGUAGCAACUCUAUAAACAGAUACAGAUAAUCUUGAGAAGACUUUAAAAUUUUUUGUGGUGUUUUUCUAGUACCCUCUGAAGUUUCAUUUCAUUUCAUCUAAACAUUAGCCUUAAGCCUCUCCCUCUGUCUGAAAUGCUUUAUCAUCCACUUCUUACCCUCACUGCUUCUAAUACACAACUUCGCUUUCUUAAUGCCCACUCAUUCCUCAGGGCUCAGCUCAAAUGUCCCUUCCUUGGGGAAGUCUUCUACUCCUCAGACCAUGUCUGAUGCCUGUUUUUACUCUGAUUGUUCUAGAUCUCUUUCUAUAACAGCAGUUUUCAAAUUUUGUCUUUAAAUAUCUCUCCUCAUGAUUAUUUGAUUAGUUUCUCUCUUUCCUCACUAGACUGUAAGCUCCAUCAGGAGGCAGAUCACGUCUGAUUUUGCUCAUCAUUUGUAUCCACAAUGUCUGAUCCUGCAAAAGUUACAGAGGAAGUCCUCAAUGUAUAAUAUCUUGAUUAAUUAGUGAAGAUGCAACAGUUUGUUCAGCCUUUAACUGCCUUACCUUACAUGGAAUGUGACUAUCCUUUGGCACAAGUCUCAACGACAAAGCUAUUUAUUCCUAAGUCAUAUUCCCUUAAUAAGUUUCCAACCUUUGGAUGGAUACACAGUAGAAAAAUACUGACUUUACUUCCUCUGCAAAAAGCAUGGUUAAGGAUUAGAAAACACAGAAAAUAGUUAACCUUAACAAUAUAGACUUAAGGCAACUAUCUUUUGAAAGGUGUACUUACAAGGUUGACUCUUAGCUAGUGUCUAGGAACUUGGUUUUAGGGAGAUUCUACCAUUUCCUAAGAGCAAUUCACUGAACUUAAACUGUUUAUACAAACAAUUUGCUUUGUGCUGAACACCUGCUUUCCUUUUUGGAUUCUGAAAUUUUGUACAUGCUAGGAAGACAGAGACUACUGAUACAAACCCUAGAAUCCUAGGCUCAGGCAAACUUCCCUAGCAGAAAACAUUGUGAUGACACAUGUGCUGUCAUCACAUGUCACUUGAGGAAUUAAGGACAUCCCAUGUGACUCCACUAGAGGGAAGACUUUUGAAAGCUUGUAUUUUGAUUUCUCCUGGAUAUCAUUCUUUGUACCAUCACUGAUUUUACUUUGUAUCUAUUCACUGUAAUUUCUCAUAGCCAUGAGUAUAACCAUAGGCUGAAUCCUACACAUCCUCAUAGUGAACCGUUGAACAUGGAAGUGGUCAUGAAAAUCCCUAAAUUACCUCCUUGAAUGUUUUUAUAAUCCAUUCAACUUUUCUUCUUUCAUCCACUAGUAGCUACAGUAGUCAAGCCACUAUCAUCUCUUUCCUGGACAACAGCACUUUACCUCCUAUAGUCACACUUGCCUUGAUCCAACACAUUCUCUACACCAGGGGUCCCCAACCUCCAGGACCUGAUGCCUGCUGAUUUGAGGUGGAGAUGAUGUAAUAAUAAUAGAAACAAAGUGCGCAAUAAAUGUAAUGAGCUUGAAUUAUCCUGAAGCCAUCCCACCCUCAUCCCGACUCCUGCCAACCCUACCAGUCUAUGGAAAAGCUGUCUUCCACAAAACCCAUCCUGGGUGUCAAAAGGACUGGUCCCCACUGCUCUACACCAUAGCCAGAGUGAUCUUUCCAAAACACAAAUGGGACAGUGCCAUCUGGUGGUAGGAAGAACCAAUAAAUUGCUCUGGUAUAUACCUUUCCAUCCACAGUAGUUCAUAAGCUCAAAGUUUAUAACCAGAACUUCUUUAAUCAGAGAAAAAGAUGGAAAAGAUAUUGUCAUCUAACACCCCAAAAGGCACCGAGCCUAGGUCUUGUGAACCAGUUCUACCGCCAUCAAUGAAAGGAUAAUUUCUAUGUAACUUUAACUGUUUUAAAGCAAAGAAAAUACUGGAAAGUUUCAAAAUUCACUGAGCACUAUUAGAAUAACUUUGAUUCCAAACUACAACAGGAUGAUUCCCUGAAAAGAAAAAUAUGGACCAGAAAUCAGCAAACUGAAUCCUAUGGACAAAUCGAGCCUAUUAAGUACUUUUAUAUAGCUUAUAGGUUAAGAAUAGUUUUUACAGCUUUUAGGAAUUGGAAGAAUUCAAAAGAAUAACAAUAUUUGGUAGCAUACAAAAAUUAUAUGAAAUUCAAAAUUCAGUGUUAAUAAAAUUUUACUAGAACACUCCUAAUACUCUUUCAUUUUUGUAUUGACUGUGACCGCUUUCAUGCUACAAGAGCAAAGUUGAGUAGUUGCAACAGAGACCCAACAGCCCCAAGUCUAAAAUACUCACUAUCUUGACCUUUACAGAAAAAAAUCUGUCAUCUGUUAACUCGUUAUAUAGAUCAGUCUUACUUGUAAAUAUAAAUAUUAAAAAUCUUAAUUUAAAUUUUAUUAAAUUGAACCAAGCAAGGAAUUAAAGGGAAAAAAGUAGAAUCAAGUAGAUGUUCUCUGCAAAAUGCAGAAAUGGUUUAUCUGUAAGAAAUCUUUUUGCAAUAUAGUUGAUUUACAAUGUUGUGCCAAUCUCGGCUGUAUGGCAGUGAUUCAGUUAGACACACAUGUACAUUGUGCUUUUAUAUUCUUUCCCAUCGUGGUUUAUCUCAGGAUAGUGAUUAGAGUUCCUUGUGCUGUACUCUAGGACCGUGUUGUUCAUCCAUUCUAAAUGUAAUAAUUUGCAGCUAUCAACCCCAAACUCCCAGUCCACCUCUCUCCCUCCUCACCUUCCCCUUGGCAACCACGAGUCUGUUCUCUAUGUCUAUGAGUCUGUUUCUGUUUUUGUAGAUGGCUUCAUUUGUGCUAUAUUUUAGAUUCCUCAUGUAAGCGACACCACAUGGUAUUUAUCUUCCUUUUUAUGACUUAUUUAGCAUGAUAAUCUCUACUUGCAUCCAUGUUGCUGCAAAUGGCAUUAUUUCAUUCUUUUUAUACCUGAGUACGGUUCCAUUGUAUAUAUGUACCAUGUCUUUAUCCAUUCAUCUGUCAAUGGACAUGUAGGUUAUUUCCACGUUUUGGCUGUUGUGAAUAGUGCAUGUAUUCACAUGUGUCUUUUUGAAUUAUAGUUUUGCCUUGGUAUAUUUCCAGGAGUGGAAAUGCUGAAUCAUAUGGUAACUCUGUUUUUACCUUUCUGAGGAACCUCCAUACUGUUUUCCAUAGUGGCUGUACCAACUUACAUUCCCCCCAACAGUGUAGGAGGGUUCCCUUUUCUCCACACCCUCCUCAGAACUUUUUAUUUGUAGACUUUUAAUGAUAGCCAUUCUGACUGGUGUGAGGUGGUACCUUAUUGUAGUUUUGAUUGCAUUUCUCUAAUAAUUAAUAAUGUUAAGUAUAGUUUCAUGUGCCUAUUGGCCAUCUGUGUGUCUUCUUUGGAGAAAUGUCUAUAUAAGUUCUUCUGUGUGUGUUAGAUGGAAUUUGACUCUGAGGCCGCCCUGGUCCUGAACCUUUGUUUGAAGAAAGUUUUUUUUUUAUUAAAGAUUCUGCUUCACAUCUA